GUUGCUACAGCUGAUAUAUUGCGUAAGUGUUUGGCUGAUUGGGAUGUUGAGGAAAAAGUAUGGACAAUCACAGUUGAUAAUGUGUUGUACAACGAUGUGGCCGUUUGAUGUGCUCAUAUAAUUAACAUUUUGGUACAAUGUGGACUUGAGAAGAUUGCUCAAAAAAUUGAGAAUGGUAGACGAAGUGUUAAGUAUAUUGCUGCAUCAGAGAGUCGAAUCAACUUUGUUUCUGGACAUUGUAAAACAAUUGAAGUUGUCUGCAAAGAAGCUUAUUUUAGACUGUACUGCUGGAGGGAACUCUACACAUCACAUAAUUUCUACUGUCUGUGGUUUGAAAGUUGUGUUUUCUUGGUAUGCUACAAGAGAUGCAUCAUAUAGUUGGUUGCCUUAAGAGGAACAGUGGAAUAUGGUUUUGCAGGUUUGUCACUGCAUAUAUUUCUGGAAGUGAGUAUCCAACUGCUAAAUUGUUUCUUCCUGAAUUUUGGUACAUUAAGAAGUUGCUGGAUAAGACUUUAAUGUCGGAGAAUGAAGAUAUGCAAUCUAUGGCUUGUGGGUCAAAUAUGAGCAGUGUUGGGUGCUAAUUUUGAUUGCUGCUAUAAUGGACUCAAGAAACAAGUUUAAGAUGCUUGAGGUGUAUUUUCCUGACCUUCACAAUGGAGCUGAAGCUGUGAAGGAGCUGAUUGCACUAGUUUGUGACAAGCUUUACCAACUCUUUCAUGAGUAUGUUGAAGACUACAAAGGGAAGAACAUGGUGAACUCAUUUGAAUAUGAAAGUGACACAAUUCCCUCUUCCUCCUCUUCCUCUUCUUCUUGGGGCUGGGAGGAAGAGAAUGUGAAGGGCAAGGUUUGACUCACUUAUUCGAAAUGUCGAUUGUGUUACAACCAUGGUGUAUAUCUUGAGGAUUGUCUUUAUAUUGAUCCGAGUAUUGUGGCCUUAAUGUUAUUGUGUGGUGGAAGGAGCAACGUAUGAGGUAUAAGGUCUUAUCAACGAUGACUUGUGAUGUUUUGGUAAUUCCUCUAACCUCAGUUGCGCUGGAAGUGACUUUAAGUGCCGGGGGAAGAGUGAUUGAUCCAAACCGUGCAUCAUUGGGGGGAAAAAACUGUUCAAGCAUUACUUUGUUCUCAAGAGUGGUUAAGAUACUAUUAUGUUUUGAAAAAGAAUGUUAAGGUAACUUGUUACUGUGUUUUCCAUUUCCACUUUAUUCCUAUAGUUUAUUUGGUUUAACUUUACUUCUUCUCUUUGUAGGCUCUGAUCAAGAAAGAGGAUGUUAUUGAAGUUGACUUGUCCUAGUGAUGUUUUGGUUAGUUUCUCUUGCUGUUCCUUUUUUUACCUUGGAUCGAAUUCUUGAGUCCUUCUUUCUUUCUCUUUUGCCUCUUUUCUCGAGUGUGAAUUGUUUGGGGGUUGUAGUAGUAAGAAGAGUGUAGUAGCAAAUCCCUGUCUUACCUCUGUUCUCCCAGUAACUGUAUUCCUCCAUCUUUUUACAUAUUAGUGGGCUGUACAAUUGAUUUGUGGCCAGCGUCAGCCUAUUAAUGGUGGGGCUGAGGCUCUCUGCAGUUUGCCACUUAAUGAAUCAGUAUAUUAAGUAGUUGUUUUGUUAUGGAAUCAGCAUAUUUGUGGCAUAUGGGUCGUUGCCUUGAAGAUAUUUUUUUGCUUAUCUUGUAUUUUCAGUGGUCUCCAAAAACACCUUUGCAUAUAUGAUUUUUUGGGUUCCGCUGUCAGUUGAUUUCCAUGAUUGUAAGUUGACAUGAGCGGCAAAGUUCUUAUUUUGAAGAACUACUAAGUAAUCAGUCAUGUUUGUAAUCGGAUAUAUGGUCCAAUUUCUGUCAAAGAUGGAGAAAGUUAUCGGUUAUGUUCAGCCGAGCCCGAGCAGAACUCUGAUCACAAGCUUCAAAUGAGGUAGGCUUGAUGACUUGCGGUCGUUGAGCUCGCUCACCUCACCUGCUAUUGUCAAGUCAAGCUCAUAUUCUUCUUGUCGAGUCGAGCUCGAGUUUGAUUUGUGCAACUCGGAUCGAACUUAAAGGGAGGAAUUCUCUAUCAAGUUUGAGCCGAGCAAAAGCUUUGACUCAGCUGGGCUCGUCUGUAGCACUAAAUUUCUAUGGGUUAAGUCCAACAUACGAACGGUGAUUAAGCUACAGUUAGUUGCAAGAUUUUUUAGAUAAAAGGAAAGACAUUUUGGUUGUUGAUGUCUCCCUAGAUAACUCAUAACUGCACUCGAUACUUGACAUUAUUAGAUAACGGUUAAGAUUUAUUAUGUUAGUUUUCUUAACAACAGAAUUAAGAUUACGGCCGUAACUGUUUCUGCGUCCAUUCCGUCCACGGACUCUAGGCAGCUCGCGAGGUUGAAGCCCAAUAUAUUUUUAGACAGGCCCAGCCCGCAGGUUAAUUUCGAAAAAAAAAUUGUGCAAAAAAUAAAAAAAAAAUACGUUUCCUUGUAAUCCUGAAGCGGGAAAUUGUAGAGCUGAAGGAAGAAAAUGUACCUUCAUCCGUCCUCUGUCUCUCCAGAAGAGUCCAAAAAAAGUCUCUGAUGAAAUCCCAGUAACCGUUCUCUCUCUCACACGAAGGAAAAUGUGGUCCCUACCUGACCCUCUGCCGUCCCUCCACCUCCCUCCGCUGCCGGAGAAACAUCUCCUCCUCUCCACGGCAAUGUCCUUCGCCGCCGCCGCCCUGCUCCUCCGCUCCCUCCUCCGCGACCUCGUCCCCUCCCCCGUCUCCGGCUAACUCUCCUCCCGCAUCCGCCGCCUCACCACCGGCAUCUCCAACAACCUCACCGUCGUCAUCGACGAGUCCGACGGCCUCACCGCCAACCAGAUGUUCCACGCCGCCAACAUCUACCUCGCCCACAAGCUCUCGCAGUCCACCGCCAGGGUGAAAGUCCUGAAGCCGGAGAAGGAGGAGGACCUCGACGUCACCGUCGACCAGCACCAGGAGCUCGUCGAUUCCUUCGGCGGAGCCACGAUGAAGUGGAACCUCUCUUCCAACCCUAACUUCACCCCGGCCUACAGCACCAGCGGAUUCACCGUCGGGCUUCAGCCGUCGGAGAUUCGCUUCUUCGAGCUCACCUUCCACAAGAAGCACCGGGAGCUGGUUCUUGGCUCCUACCUCCCCCACAUUCUCGCGGCGGCGAAAUCGAUCAGGGAGGUGAAGAAGACGGUGAAGCUCUACGCCAUCGACUACAGAGGGGAUCACGAGCACUGGGGCGCCGUCAACUUCCACCAUCCGGCCACGUUCGAGACGGUCGCCAUGGAUCCCGAGCUCAAGAAGGCGCUGAUCGCCGAUCUUGAUGCGUUCAUCGAGCGGAAGGAUUUCUACAGGAAGGUAGGAAAAGCGUGGAAGCGCGGUUACCUGCUGUACGGACCUCCCGGUACGGGGAAAUCGAGCUUGGUCGCCGCCAUGGCGAAUUACCUCAAGUUCGACGUCUACGACCUCAAUCUCAAGGAAGUCUACGGCGAUUCCCACCUCCACAAGCUCCUCAUCGGCGCCGGCAACAGAUCUAUUCUCGUAAUGGAAGACUUCGAUCGCGCCUUGGCGUCAAAGAAGAACGAAGAUGAGAUUUCGAUGGCGGGGCUGCUGAACUUUCUGGACGGGCUAUGGUCGUCGUGCGUUGAAGAGAAGAUCCUGGUGUUCACGACGAACCACAAGGAGGAGCUGGAUCCGGCGUUGCUCCUGCCGGGGAGGGUCGACGUUCAGGUGAACAUGUCGUACUGCACGUUCACUGCGUUCAAGACACUGGCGUACAAUUACCUCAAGGAGACGGAGCACGAGCUGUUCGGCGAGAUCAAGGAGCUGUUGAGGAAGGUGGAGGCUACUCCGGCUGAGGUUGCAGGGGAGCUGCUGAAGAGCAAGAAUGUCGACGUCGCCCUGCACGGCGUGGUGAAGCUGCUGAGGAGCAAGGAAGGGACUAGAUCGAUUUGGGAAUUAGGGUUCAGGAUGAACACCCAAUCUCAGAGCACUGUCGAGAAUCAAAGGAAGAGAGAAUGAUUCUCGAUUUUGUUCUCUGAGGAAGUGGGCCGAUAACUGAAACGGGCCUGAGUAAAAAACUGCUUUAAUAAAACGAUAAAACGCAGUGACUAAUAGAUAGAGAAUGGGCUUCAAGCCCAAUCUCACGAAUCACCAAACCUUGCUGUCUUUCAGCAGAACCAGAACAAGGAACAGAGUCCUUGACCAAAACAGAGUGCUCGAAUUGCAGAAGGUAAAGUGGAGAGAAAAAUUAAAGAACACCGGACAU